UGCACACGCUUGGGAAGUAAAAACCAAAAAGAGUCAAACCUAAAAGAGAGACAAAACGGGUAUAAACCGAGGAAACUUGGCUUUUUGGAAUUUCAUUGGGUUUGACGUAUAUAGCCUACCUAUGAAUUUUCUUUCCUACCUAUGAAUUUAGACUUGUGCCUAUAGUGCGAUCUGGUUUUGGAGUCGGUACCAAAAAUUAAACUCAGGUGAAGCAGGACCAUCGAGAUACAUUCUAUUUUUCCAGUUUUUCACAAGUUAUAUUUUUAUAUUUUGCCUUGUUGAUGCCCUAGUUUGUUGAGGUCAAAACGCAUUGUUGGAACUUCUAAAAGUAUUUUUUUUAUGCGCGGGUAAGAUAUAUUUAUCAAUCUAGUAUCCGUUUUGAAAUUUUGAAUGUAAACAUUCCAGUAUGAGACACUUCACAAAAUGCAUCUGACGUUCCAAAAUAACUGUGAUGCGCUUAGUCAGUAACCUGUUUGAAUAAUUAUUGGAUCACUUCUUAAGAAAUAUUCAUACAGAGCUAAAUGAUUUAAUAAAAGGUACCUAUAAAAUUCGACAAAUAAAACUAAAGACUUGAAUCUACUAGUUUGAUGGAAAAGACUGUAAGCAUAUGUAUAACAAUACGAAAAUCCAAAACAUUUAACUUAAUAUGGAUCGACUAUGUAGUUAUUACAUCUAUGGUUGCGAAAAACUAAUAUAUGUUUCAUUAGUGACAAAUACAUCUAGUAGGGACUUAAGUUACAAAAAAAAUACAUCUAGUAGGGACAGAACAACAAAUAUCAUAUCUACGUUAUAUCUCCAUAAAUCAAACUCAUUCUCUUUCGUGAAGUCAUCGUUUUGUAUUUUAUCCCUUCUGUGAGUAAUCACCACUUUACUGGUAGACUGGUAGUGAUAUUAAUUAUAAAUCUGUGCCGUUCUAGGUAAUCAACAUCAAUUUCAUAUAAAUUCUAUUUGCCUUGUCAAUUAGCAGCUAAUAAAUUAUAUGACCAGACUUCCGGAAACCGAUAAAUUACUACUCCAUUUGACGGUGUAGUAAAAAAGAUAAUUGACGGUACUUGUACAUACACAAGAAUGAUUAAAUAAAUUAAGAUUGAAUUUUACCAAAAGCAAGAAAAGGUUGAGAAAUUCUAUACUUUGGUAUUCGGUAUUUCAAAAACCAACAAGAAAUUCGAGUAAAUUUGACUUUUGUUAUAUAAAUGCUACACACAUCUAGUUAAUGUUACCUGUUUAAUUAACCGCGUACCCGGUAAUAUUAUAACCUAUUUUGCAUUUACUAUAGUACUUCAGAACUAAUUAAGAUUUAUUAUUACUCCUGAAGUCCUUUACGAUUUUAGUUUCCCCUACUUCGAACUUUGGAGAUGCUUAUCGUUUCUUGAAGACACGUUUAUAUGGAGGCAGCAUGCCAGCAUACGUAUAAAUAUAUAUGGAUUGUGCGUGUGUUUACUUUAACAACAUAAAUUUUAAACCCUAACUGAAUUCACUUCUUGUAGCAAUUUUAAUUUACUAAGUCUAAUAGGAUUGCUACGUGCAGCGCAAACUAUAUAAAAAAGAAUGUGAUUGUGUAGUUUUUAGGUAGUUAAUUUGGUCAAAUGAGUGGAUGUAGAGGAUUAGUUACAUCUUACUGCCGAUAUUAGUAGAUGCAUGUUAGCCUUGGGAUUAGUGUAAACUGGCUUAGUGAAAUCUAAAAAUCGGAUUUCGUUAAAUUAUCAUUCAGUUUUGUGAAACGUCUUCAAGAUAAAAUUAGAAAUACAAAUGUUAGUUUAAAUACUUUUGUUUAUAAACCCUAUCAUCUAUCUGAUCGGCCCUCGUAUAUCUAGGGACUUAGUGACAAUGUUUUUACUCUACCGAAAAUAAUUCAUUUUGCCCAUCACAACAUUUCAAUCAAAAGUACACAAUAUCUUAUAUAGUUACAGGCUGAGUGAAUCAUAUAUAUAAAUAGAUUUAUUCUUUGCGCUUCAUCAAAGUCACCGUAGUCUCCGUCAACUAGAAGCUAUUGCCUAUUGGAGUAAGCCGAUAAGUAUACACAUAUGCCGGAGCGACCCAUAUUACAGCCUUACAUGAUGGCAUAGUUUUUUUUUUGUUGCUAAACUCAGAAUGACAGGAUGACACACAAGUUUUUUUUUUUUUUUUUGCUGAACUCAGGAUGACACACAGUUGAAGUUUAGAUACAGUUGAAAUUUACCUCAAAGAUAAAUUGCUUAUGAAAAGGUAUGUCAAACAAUAGAAUUAAAAGAAUAACACUUAAUUUACAGGUCAAUGAAUAAACCAAUGUAUUUGAUUUAUUCUUCUGAAUAACACCAAUGUGAGAGCAUUCUUAGUUUGAUAAUCCUUGAUAUAUAUAUAUUUUUAGCUGAAUAUAUAUAGUUGCAAACGGGAUGGUACUCUGCGUACAGCUAAUUACUCUAGUGAACUAGCGGAGUUAGCCUAGUGGUACUUGAGGGAGCUUCGGCCCAAAUACGGUCCCGGGUUCGAUUCCCGCUGGCCAUCCGGGCUAGCGUUAAAUCGCAAGAAUACGUGGACUGCCGUGGACUUCGUGGUAUUAGUCGGUUGACCACGAUCGUCGGAUCAAAAAAAAAAAUCUUAAUAUAUGCAAAUGUUUUUUUUUCGACUGAAUAAUAUAUGCAAAUAUUGCGAUAAUGAACUUUGUGAAGUUAGAUUCUUGAAUUAAAAAUAUACGUAAAAGUCGACCCCUUCAACUAAUUUCAUAAAGUCUUUCCUUAAGAGGAUUUGAGUCAAAAUAUAAGAGUUGUCGGUUGGACAAUCCUAAACGCAGAAGUUUCUAAAAAGGUCAAAGCCAACAGAAUCUUUCAGACAUUUAGUCAAAUCGAAUGAAAGGGUGAAACGGUAAAUUAAGGUAAUGUCAUUGAUCCCAUUGGGCAUUGGCCACAUAAGCCCAUUAAGCUAUCUUUUUAAGUUUAACUAAAAGUUUUUAUUUGUAAUCUUCUGACAUUGGUCAGUGGGAAUAGAAACUGUGAUGUGGAAUGGAAUAGAAACUGUAAAGAUUUUUAAAAAAUUCGCAGUUUAGUCUUAAUUAGAAACCUGAAGGCAAUUGAUUAGUAAUAUUUUUAUUAGUACGAUUGAAUUAAUUUCGAAUCUUUUUGUAGUGGCAGCUGGCCUCGAUCGGCCCUUGUUUCCUUUUAUUAAUUAAAAGACUUCAAACCGAAGCGACAAUAUUAAAGCGGUUCUUAAUUGGUCUUUAAUAAUUUUUCAUCUUCGUUCAUAACUAGUACUGAUAAAUUACAUACAUUCAAACACACACUAGUAUAAAUACGGGGUGACGAAAAUUUCAUGAACUUCCUGACGUCGUGGUCCAUGUGUGUCUACGUUACAUGUACGUGCGUGUGUAUAUGCGUACAUGACUACAUGAGAUGCUGAUUAUUCUUGAAGUAAUGACAAUGUUUAAUUUCAUUUGUACGUAUUGAUAUAUACGUAUUUUACGUAAUAGUAAUAUGUAAGAAAUACAGAUUGUAUAAAGUAUAAUACUACGUUUUUUCAUUUGUUUUUCUUGCGCUUGUCCUCGUGUUUAUAACCUUUUCCCUCAGCUCCAUUUUUUUUUAAAUUGUCUUGAAGUAAAACCAAAGAAGUAUUCAAACAAACUUUCUUGGGAGAUUAAUUCAAAAAGAAAAAAUGGAAUAAAAAACUCAGCUGAAAUGGCGGCUGAUCCUUCGGGUUCAGACCCCUCGCAAGGAAGCAUAAAUUGAUUUCACCUUAAGCUAAAUCACUUCACUUCCACUUCUCUACCAGAGUCAAUAUUUUUCCAGUUUAGGUUUCUUUCUCUAACUCCUUUUGUUUUUAGGGUUUUAAGGAAAAAUGGAAGAGAGAAACAACGAUGGUGAUCAGAAAAUGGAGGAAGUAUUGUUGCCCGGGUUUAGGUUUCAUCCAACCGACGAAGAGCUUGUAAGCUUCUACUUGAAGCGGAAGGUUCAACACAAUCCUCUCUCCAUUGAACUCAUACGACAACUCGAUAUCUACAAAUACGACCCCUGGGAUCUUCCAAGUAUAUAAUUUUUAUUUUUCAUACUAUAUCUCAUAUUCUUUGUUUACGUAUAAUAUAAUGGAAUAAUUUCUAAGCAAAUCUGUUUGUUAUUUUUGUUGUUGUGAAUCAAUAUUGUAGAGUUUGCCACGGGUGAAAAAGAAUGGUACUUUUAUUGUCCGAGGGACAGGAAGUAUAGGAACAGUUCGAGGCCGAACCGAGUGACUGGAGCCGGUUUCUGGAAAGCCACGGGAACGGACAGGCCUAUAUACUCGUCGGAAGGAAACAAAUGCAUAGGUUUAAAGAAGUCACUAGUGUUCUACAAAGGCAGAGCUGCAAAAGGAGUUAAGACUGAUUGGAUGAUGCAUGAGUUUCGUAUGCCUUCGCUCUCUGUGCCAUCUCCUUCUACUAAGAGGUUCUUUGAUUCGCCUGUCUCUCCAAACGAUUCGUGGGCUAUAUGCAGAAUCUUCAAAAAGACAAACACAACGACCCUAAGAGCUAUGCCUCACUCAUUUGUUUCCUCGUUGCCAUCAGAGACAAGCAUAGACACAAUGUCGUCCGACCAAAAGCUAUCAAACACAUCACACUUUUCUUCAGACAAGAUCCUCAAAACUAGCUCUCACUUCCAGUUUCAUCAUGAGAAUAUGAGCAGUACUCCCAAAACUAGUACUAGUCCAACUUCUCAUGUUGCCACUAUAAAUCCAUUCUCUUACUUGGAUUUCACUUCCUACGAGGAAACCACCAACGUUUUCAAUCCUGUUUCAUGUCUAGACCAUCAACACCUCACUAAUCUCUUUCUUGCCACACAAGAAACACAGCCUCAGUUUCCAAGGCUUGCCUCACCUAAUGAAUCCCCCUCGUUUCUCGUAAACAUGUCUUCAUCAGAUUGUGCCUUGUUGGGAGAAUGCACAAGCCAGAUCGACCUAAGCGUGAUGUUGGCUCAAGAGCAGUGUCCCGCGCUUGUAAGCCUACCACAAGAGUAUCAAGAGAAGGGACUCGAAGGAAAUGGGGAAAUAAAGAACCUGGGUGGUUGCAAUGAAGAUUAUCAUUAUCAAGACGUGAAACAUAACAUGACAUUGUUGGAGAGUUAUUAUUCCUCUUUGUCUAAUGGCGAAUUGGCAAAUUGUUUCUCCACAACUUGAUUGAUGUGGGUCGAUUUCAUGUCUUUGCCUUCUUGCCUUGGCUUUCUAAGCUAGGUUGUUCCCUUUGUAGGUUUUCUCUCUUUCACUAGCUGAUGCAAUGAAAUUAAACCAUUAUCAAUUAUGCUUCGUUGAGUGUUUUAUUUCACACAAUUUAGUGUAGGAUUGACUCGAGUGGAGGAUAUAAACAAAAAACUAAAUUAAACGAAAGAAAAACCUUAAACAUAUAACGAAGCCCAAACAAACCUUUAUAUUGAUAUAGUACCAAAAACAAAUCUUUUCUAGAGCUGAAAAGUCAGAAUGACCACAAUAAAAUACAGAAUUGUUACUGAAAUAUUGCAAACAAAACAAAAUUGGAAUAUAUAGUUAUAGCAUAAAGAAGUAGGAACAUUCAAAAUGACAAUAAGUGUAUGCCAAAAAUGGUUCGGCAAUUCACAAGAAAUGUUGGGGUGUAGUUUCCAUGAACUAUUUACUUCUGGUUAGGCCUGAGCGUAAUAUCCGUAACCCGAAAUCCGAACCGAAUCCGAACCGAAAAACCUGAUCCAUAUCCGGUCCGAAAUGUAAAAAUUAUCUGAAUGGAUCUUGUAAGGUGGUACAA